AUGAAGAGCAUGCUCCUUCUCCUCAUUUUGCUGAGAGUAGUGUCUGGAAGAAGAACCCAGUUGCUUAAGGGCUUACCUGCAACAAGCACCGUUGAAGAAAACUCAGCAGCUGGUGUUUCAGUUUAUACCUUUAAUGUAACUGUUUCUCCAUUGUCUUCUGACGGUGUUGCAAUACUUCCUGCCAUAGUAAAUUCAAAUCCACUUACAGAGGCUUUUGAUAUUGAAUCAAAAGGAGAUCUCGAAUACAGGGUUGUUACCACUGGAAACCCUGUCCUAGAUUAUGAAACUAUGCCAAAGAGCUUUGAUUUACAAAUUUUUGUUGAAGACACAGCUGGGAGAACGGACCUUAGCAUACUGACUGUCCAAGUAACAGAUCAAAAUGAACGUCCUGUAUUUCGAGGAAAUAUGGCAUUUCAAACUGUAAUGAUCUAUGUCUUGGAAGGAACACCUCGGGGACGCAUUUACCAAGUUGAUGCAGCUGAUCCUGAGAAUGCUAAACUCAAAUAUUCACUGCUCCCUGCACCAGUGCCAUUCUUAGUCUCUGAAAGCGGAGCCAUUUUUUCCACAAAGGAAUUUGAUUAUGAGAAAGAUCCACGCUGUUACUUUUUAAAUAUAACAGUGACAGAUCCAGACGGACUCAACUUGACGAAAACAGUGAAUAUAAAUAUAAUUAACAUCAAUGAUGAAAGACCUUACUUUACCACAAAACAAAGAAUCUACAGGAUUCCAGAGGAGCAAAGCCCGGGCACCGUUGUUGCCAAUAUAACAGCUAAAGAUCCUGAUGAUGAAGACUCUCCCAGCAGACUUUUCUACAGCAUCCAGUCUUCUGACAGAUAUUUCUCCAUAAAUCCAUCGACUGGAGUGCUGCAGGUGACCGGGAGAAUCAACCGAGAUGCCCUUCCACUGCAGCUCCAUCCUAACAUUUCAGUGAUAGUCCGGGUGGAGGACAGUCCCAGCGGCGGUCACGCCAGCGAAAUGGAGAUCACAAUCAUUAUUGACGAUAUCAAUGACAACCCACCAGAAUGCAAUCCUUCUACCUUCAGGAAAGAAGCGAAUGAAAAUACAACUACUGGGACAUUUCUUCUUGAUCUUAGAAAUUACUGUAAAGAUAUUGAUGUUGAUCCAUCAAACAAUCAAUUUCAUUUCACUGGAUUAUCUGGUUUUGGAAGCAAUAACUUUGCUCUGGAGUCCACUGUGUCUGGAAGACUUGUGAUGACUGAAGGUAUUGAUUUAGAAAACCCAGCUAAUCUAGGAGUUGAAGUUUAUUCUUUCACUGUCAGGGUGCAAGAUAUUGCCCGUCCUAACUACUCAAAUAUCAUCUACAUUUACAUCAGGAUAAAGCCAGUGAAUGAAUUUUCUCCAGUCUUCAGUAAUUUAUCAUAUGAAUUUAAUGUCCCAGAAAUUACUAAAGUUGGAUCCAGCAUUGGAAGAGUGGAUGCCAGCGACAAAGACUGGCCACCCAGUGUCAUCACUUAUUCCAUUGUAGCUGGAGGAGGCACCAGGGAUUACACAAAUAUCUUCUGGAUCAGCCCAACCAAAGGAGAUGUGAAGAUUUUAGCUAGAUUAGACUAUGAAACAGCUCAGAAACAUAUUCUCACAGUACAGGCCUCAGACCAAGAGAAGACUGCAACAGCAUCUGUAACUGUCAAUGUUUUGGAAGUAAAUGAUGAAGAACCAGUUUGUUCACCCAAUUUCUAUUCAUUUCAAAUCCCAGUCAGCUUAGCUGUUGGGACCAAUAUUAAUGGCUUCAGGAUUGAAUGUCAUGAUCGUGAUUCUGAUCCCAGGUCCUUCCGUUACUUCAUUAAUGAAGGCAAUGUGAACAAUCAUUUCACUUUUUCACCAAGUGCCGGCUCCAACACAUCUCGUCUGAUUCUUGCAUCGAGGUUCAACUAUGAGAGUGGACUUGAUACAAACUGGAUUUACAGACUGCGCGUCUAUAUAACAGAUGACAAUUUACUGUCUGCCAGGGACAAAGCUACACACCUAAUUAAAACUGGAACGGUGACUUUAAGCAUCAGAGUUAUCCCAAAUCCAACUACUGUUGUUCCCACAACACCUGGCUUCACUGUUGUGACGAAAAGGGAAAACCUCUACUCUGAAUCGGCGUGGUAUGUGCCGUUCGUCAUCACCCUCGGCAGUUUGUUGCUCCUCGGACUGCUGGGGUACCUGGGGUUCCUGCUGGUGACGUGGGUCCGCACUUGCUGCCCGCCGGCAGGCAAAGUAGAUGGCGCACAUCGGAUAAAUGCUCCAGAAAAGAACAAACAUAAGAAAGAAGUGGUUGUGACAAUGACAAAGCUAAACACCGUCUUUGAUGGAGAAGCCAGAGACCCAGUCACUGGCAAAAUGUACGAAUUCAAUACACGGUCAGGAGCCAGGAGGUGGAAAAAGAGCUGUGAGCCCCUUCAGCCGGCGCCAGCUGCGCAGGUAACAUCCAGUGCCACAGAGGAUGGUGCCCAAGGAACAGAUGGAGCAGAUGCACCAAGGAAAAAAGAGCCUUCAGAGAAGAGGAAAGAGCCAAUGGCGGAGACAAAACCAGCUGCCAAGCCCUGGGCAGGGCGAUCAGAAACACCAGAACAGGAUGGGCUGAGAUUACAAAAGCCGAAAGAGGAGUCUGAGGACAGGGGGUUGGCCUCACCAGCCCCCCAGGGCAGAUACUGA